AUGAGCGUACAAACCGAUAGUGAAAAGCGGAAGCAGAUUUCCGUUCGGGGUAUAGUAGCUGUCGAAAAUGUAGCAGAAGUAAAGAAGGCAUUUAAUCGCCAUGUACAUUAUACCCUGGUAAAAGAUAGAAAUGUUGCGACUCCAAGGGACUACUACUUUGCUUUAGCACACACGGUCCGGGAUCAUCUCGUUUCUCGUUGGAUCCGUACUCAACAGUACUACUAUGACAAAGAUCCCAAGCGCGUUUAUUAUCUGUCACUGGAAUAUUACAUGGGUCGCUCCCUACAAAAUACCAUGAUCAACCUUGGUAUUCAAGGCACAGUUGAUGAAGCUUUGUACCAACUUGGCCUUGACAUUGAGGAAUUAGAGGAACUCGAAGAAGAUGCAGGCCUUGGAAAUGGUGGCCUUGGUCGCCUUGCUGCAUGUUUUCUUGAUUCCAUGGCAACCCUGGGGUUAGCUGCUUAUGGUUAUGGUAUAAGGUACGAGUAUGGUAUCUUCGCACAGAAGAUAGAGAAUGGUGAACAACAGGAGGAGCCUGACGACUGGUUGCGUUAUGGCAACCCGUGGGAGAAGGCGCGCCCAGAGUUUAUGCUUCCCGUCAACUUCUACGGUCGCGUAGUUGACACACCACAGGGGAAGAAAUGGGUCGACACUCAAGUGGUAUUUGCUAUGCCGUACGACAAUCCUAUUCCUGGAUAUAACAACAAUGUAGUCAAUACGUUACGUCUGUGGUCUGCGAAGAGUCCUAUUGAUUUCAACCUUAGAUUCUUCAACUCCGGUGAUUACAUUCAAGCUGUCCUCGAUCGUAAUGUCGCUGAAAAUAUUUCAAGAGUACUUUAUCCUAACGAUAAUUUCUUUGAGGGUAAGGAGCUGCGUCUUCGCCAGGAGUACUUCAUGUGCGCUGCUACACUCCAAGAUAUCGUCAGAAGAUACAAAUCGUCUAAAUUCGGAAGUCGGGAAGCAGUAAGAACCACUUUCGAAAGUCUCCCCGAGAAAGUCGCUAUUCAGCUAAAUGACACACAUCCUGCUCUCGCCAUUCCCGAGUUGUUGAGAAUUCUUAUCGACGUCGAGAACGUGCCAUAUGAAGAAGCAUGGCAGUUGGUUAUCAAGUGUUGCGCUUACACUAAUCAUACAGUUUUACCUGAAGCUCUGGAGAGGUGGCCUUGUUCCAUGUUGGAAAAUGUACUGCCGAGACACAUGCAGUUAAUUUACCAUAUCAAUUUCUUGCACCUUCAAGAGGUAGAAAAGCGUUGGCCUGGUGAUAUGGAUCGCCAGCGACGUAUGUCACUGAUCGAAGAAGAGGGUGAGAAGCGCGUGAACAUGGCCCAUCUGUGCGUUGUUGGUGCUCACGCUGUUAACGGUGUAGCAGCUAUCCACUCAGAUAUACUUAAAGCUACCGUCUUCCGUGACUUUUUCGAGAUGUGGCCUGAGAAAUUCCAAAACAAAACUAAUGGUAUAACACCGCGCCGUUGGCUAUUGCUUUGCAAUCCCGGUUUGUCAGACCUGAUUUGUGACAAAAUCGGCGAAGAAUGGACUGUGCAUUUAGAAAAACUGCAAGGUUUAAAACGCUGGGCUAAAGACCCUGCCUUCCAACGCGCCGUGAUGAAGGUCAAACAAGAGAAUAAGUUACGUUUGGCUUCUCUCAUCGAGCGCGACACUGGAGUUAAAAUUAACCCAGCAUCGAUGUUUGACGUUCAAGUAAAGCGUAUUCACGAAUACAAACGCCAAUUGCUGAAUAUUCUACAUGUGAUGACUUUAUACAACAGGAUUAAACGGGAUCCUACAGCCGUGAACACUCCUAGAACGGUCAUGAUUGGUGGAAAAGCUGCUCCGGGAUACUACAUAGCUAAGCAAAUAAUUGCUUUGGCUUGUGCUGUCGGCAACACUAUUAAUAAUGAUCCUGACGUUGGCGAUAAAUUGAAGCUGAUAUUCUUGGAGAACUAUCGCGUAACUUUGGCAGAACGAAUUAUGCCGGCUGCUGAUUUGAGUGAGCAGAUUUCAACUGCUGGUACUGAAGCUUCUGGUACCGGAAACAUGAAAUUCAUGUUGAACGGAGCCCUGACAGUAGGUACAAUGGACGGUGCUAACGUGGAAAUGGCUGAAGAAGCUGGCGAGAACAACAUGUUUAUCUUCGGUAUGAGGGUUGAUGAUGUAGAAGAACUUAAGCGUCGUGGUUAUAACGCGUACGAGUACUACGAACGCAAUCCGGAGUUGCGUCAGUGCGUGGAGCAGAUACGCAGCGGUUUCUUCUCGCCGGGCGAGCCGGGCCGUUUCGCGCAUCUGGCUGACGUCCUCCUACACCACGAUCGGUUCAUGCAUCUCGCCGACUACGACGCUUACAUCGAGGCCCAGCAGAAAGUCUCCGACCUUUACCAGGAUCAAGCGAAAUGGGCCGAAAUGGUGAUUGAAAAUAUCGCUUCUUCUGGAAAAUUCUCUUCGGAUCGUACUAUCGCUGAGUACGCCCGCGAAAUCUGGGGCGUGGAACCGUCUUGGGAGAAAAUGCCCGCUCCUCAUGAGACUGCCUAAACAUUAAAAGCAGCUUUAAACAUCAACGGUACAUGACUGGUUAGUUACUUUGGUAACAUUAUAACAACUAUCAACAAUUUCUUUUCAAUUUAUUUAUAACCAAAUUGUUACAAUACAUUGUUGUAGUCUUUUAUUUGACUAUUGGUUAAAAUAAAAGCAAUGGCUUUAAACAUAUAAUGAUAUUGAGAGGAUUAAUGUCAUGUACCUACACUUAUUUAAACGAUAUCUUCAUAUUUUUUUUUUAUAUCGCGAAAUUUCUCUACCGAUUUUGAAUCAGACUUGUUAAGAAAGGUCAAGGUUUUCAAACUAUAUCCACUUAUAUAUUCUACUUCUUAUGAUGUUCGAUCAUCUUUAAAACAGUUUUAAGUUAAAGAAAAGUAAGUAUUUUGAAAAUGCGUAUUUCAAAAUUUUUUAUGACAGUUAUUAUCAAAUUAAAUUUGCUAUUUAAUAUAUAAUGUAGGUAUAUUAAAAGUAUUGAAUGUGGAGUUAGUAUUGAACAGAUUUUCAUAAGUAAAUAGUUGCAGUUCCAUUUUUCACUAAUCUCUUCUUCGUGUUAUAUCGAUAAGUAAUUUAUUAUAUAGUCACAGUUGAAAUUUCACUCUAUUUAUGAGUUGAUUAAUAAAUAUUGAUAAGUACCUCGAUGUUGUAAACAUGAUAUUACUAGAAUAGUAAUAAUAUUUUUCUGCUUAUUACGCUUGCCAGUUGAAAUUAUUUUCAUAUGUACCAAUUUAUUUUGAAAAUAUUGCUUUAAAAUAGUGAAAAGCAAACUUUAUUACAAUUGCAUUGCAUUACAAUUAUAAAUACUGAGUGUAGUUAGAUAUGUCAUUUUAUUAUUAGAGAAAUAAUUGGUGUAGAAAUUAGCAGUAAAUAAAAUCAUCCUGUUGUUGGAAUAAUACUAGAAAUUAUCUGUAUGUCUAUUUUAGUACUUGUAGUUAAAUACUUUUUGUUAUAUUUGUAUUAUUAUCACAGGAAACUUAUAACAUCAUGUAGCCAGAGACUAGACAAAUUUACUAUUCGUUUAAAUUCUAAUAAUUAUACAUGUCUAUUACGCUAUUGCAUUCAUAUAAUAAUGGUACUUUAUUAUAUUAAAUUCUGAAAUAUUUCUUAAUCAUUACCUGAGAUUUUCUUUAGGAUGAGAGUAUUAUAUAUUCAUAUGUAUGUAUUUACAUAAUCUUGUUUUAACAUUACUAUAGUAUUAUAUGUUUAUACAAAUAUUAACUUAGAAUACUAUAUUCAAAGUGUGCAAAUGGAAUAUUUAAUAAAUUCUAAGUAUAUGUACAAUCGUGGUUUGCAAAGGUCCGUUAAUAUCUGAAUUAUUUUAUUUCCGAAUCUCAUCAAAUAUCCAUAAUUUAUUAGAACUAUGAAUGAAACUAAUAAAAAUACUAAACAUAAUUUUAUGUAAUACAUUCUUCAACGUAUUCAUUCUUCACGCAAAAAGUAACCUUAUCGACACCAGCUUUUUCAUAUCGCGAUUGUACGGACAAACCAGUAAUCAUAUUGAUCCGUAUGUAAUGAGUGCAUAUAAUUGUUUUGAAGAAAUGUACCGAGUGUAUGAGUUUAUUUGAAUUAUUGUAUUUAUUUUAAGUACUUUUAGUUAUUUAUUUAACUACUACUACACAUGCACCUAGUUGCUUUAGAGGAUCCUUAGCGUUACAAUCUCUAUACGCAUUACAAUAUUUUUGUUAGAAUACAUUUUGAUUGGCCUUUGAUUAACAUGAAGGUAUUAUAGAGUGAACUCUCUAAUAGGAUUUUAAAUCAACCUUCAUUAAAUUUGAUCGCCCAUAAUAGGCAUAUAGACGGUUCCUUUAAACUAAGUAAUUUGCAAACUAUUGACAGAUUGUUUAAAAAAUAAUCUUAAGACAUUAAGCCGAUUUAAGUUAACUCAAGGAAAGUAUUGUUUAACUAAAAAGUUUGUAAUGUACACGGUCUCUAAUUUUCUCUCAUUUAUUUAGACACUCUAAAUAGUUUUUACUUUGUGCAGCUAUUAUCUCAUCGACCCUGUAUUUGCAGAGUUUGAUGUCUUAUUUGUAACUAGUAUGAUUAAUAUUAUAAUUUUGAUAACCUUUAUUUCAAGAGAGAGCACCUAUACUGUUUUAAAUAUUUUAAAUAUAUGUAGCACAAGAUACGUGUCUGUAGAGGCCUUAAUCGAAAGAUUUAAAUAACACUCUUGUCUAUUGCGCAUUACAUUCAAACAGUUCCGGAUUUAGGGGUAAACCGAGCAUUUGCCCCGAGAGACAAUUUCGAGGGUUGCUAAAUUAAUAAUAUAAUAUGGUUAAUAAAGAACUUUCUUCAAAACACAGAAAGAAUUCAGAUGUGAUUCUAAUCAAAUAUUAGGAAAUGUCGCGUUAACAAAAUAAAUGUAUUUUUUCACUCCCAAAAAAAUUUGUUUGGGUAUUACGUUUCCCAGGUGCAAUAAUGAUAUGUAAAAUAAUUUCAUAAGCAAAUUAUUAGGGAAAUUAUUAAUUUCAUAAGCACGUCGUUGUAUGGUAGAUAAGUCAGGGAACUAUUUUUUUUCAUUAAAAUAUUUAAAAAAAAACUAUAUUUGUAAUUUUUCUAUUUGUCUUACUUUACUAGAUAAUAGUGUCCCAGCCUAGUUGUUGUAUUUAAAGAUAUUGACAAGAUGUGCUUGAAAAUUUAGAUAUGGGACUAUCUUGUUAUAACCUACACACUUAAAUUUGUUAGAAAGUGAAUUUUAUAGAUUAUAUUAUAUAAAUUAAAAAUAAUUACAGUGGCUAUAAUAGAUGUAUUAACAGUCUUAUAAAAUUAAAAAGAACAAACUUUAUAUUUGUGCCAUAUUUUUUUAACUUUGUUCCUAACUCAACAUUGACAUAUUAUUUUCGUUUAAUACACGUAUUUAUCGUUUGUAUUGUAUUAAAUAUUAUGUAGUUUGUGAUCUGUAUUUAUCAUACAGUAAAAAAUCAUACCUAUCUCUUGAUAAAAAUUCAAUAACUAUGUCACCAGAGCCUAAUCGUAUACGUAUAUAUGUUUUUUUUAACACGCAUAUGAAAUCUGAAGAAAAAAUAAAAUUUUAUUAUUGCGAACGUGAAUAAGUUUAAAAUAGUAACAAAUAUUAAAUAUGUCAAAAUAUAUGUUUUUACGAAACAACUUCAUAUUGUUAGAUUAGGACACAGGUUAUAUUAUAAUUUUUAAUUUAAUUCAUUCAAUUAGAAUUUAAGUGUUCUAUGUUAGGUGCUUUAUGUUUUAUGUAAUACAACAGAACAGGUUUUUAAUGUUCUUUCUGAAGGUAUUCAUUAUUUUUUUACUUAUCUAUUAAAAAUACUGCCAUAGAGUUUAUAAACAUGUUAUACCUAUUUAACUACAUAUUUUUUUCUAUAACUAAUAAAAAUUUAAUCA